AUGCACCGCCGCGGAGGCGCCCGCCACGUCGUCUCCGCGACGACGACGCCGUCGAACGCCCCCGCGACGACCGCGUCCGACUCGAUCAGAGCGAAAGCGUCGAAGACCGCGGCCGCGCUGAUGCUCUCCGCGGCGAUCGCGCUGUCGCACCCGUCCACCGCGCACGCGCUCGGCGGCGGGUUCAAGAGCAACAACGACGUGUACGCGCAGAUGAUGAAAGAGAUGGAGGAGCAGAGGAAAGCCGAAGGCACGAAGACGCUCAGCGCGGCGGACAUGUACGACGAACAGGGCGGCGCGUGCGGCGAGGGGUACGAGCUCGUCGUGAGGAAAGUCCUCGGCGCGUCCUGCGAGUGCGUCGCGGACUCGUGCAAGGAUGGCGCGGCGGAAGGGUCGAGGGAGGUGCGGACGGAAGCGGAGCGGAGCUUCGGGAAGCAAGAAGACGCGCCCGAGGCUGGAAGCUCCGGGAUCGUCUUCACGUUUCAAAACAAAGAGUGA